AUGACAGGUGAUGGACUAGGGUUGGGUGCAUCAACUGGGGAUGGGGCAGAAGUGGUUGUAGGUGCAAUAUUGUUUGUAUGGGCAUGUAUAUUCUCAGCACCUACAGAUGAAGAAGGUAUAGGUGUAGGAGCUAUAGGUAUGGAAAAUGUGGGGAUCAUAAGCCUUCCACAAUGUUUCUCAACUGUAACCGAGGAGUGGGGUGGUGAUGCAGGCAUUGUAGUGUUUAGAGCACAGCAAGCCCAUGUGAGCCAUGGGGUUGUGGAGCGUGGUGGGGAUGUUGGGAUCUAA